GCAACCUAAUUUGGAAUGCGAAGAAUCCUGACCCGUAGGCGUGAGGUCAUCCAUUAUCGGGAAUCUCGUCUGAAAAGAGUGGAGGAGUGGCCCGUGUAUCUCGCGCUCGUAAUCGUAUCCUAGCUCUACCGCGAGUAACCUUACUGCAACUCAGUGAACUUGAUAAUGUUGCAACUUUAGCUGGGAUCUUUUGGAACUUAUUGAACCAGUACGUGCCAGUGGCAAUGACAUGACCCGCACUUCAUGAAGCUUCAUGUUAUAAAGUUGUUUAGAUCUUAGAGCAUCUAAUUCUAAACAAGACGAGGCCGAGCUCGAGAGGAGCAUUGAUUUGAUUUGAACAGAUGCGGAAGGAUCAACCGCUCAACUUAAUUUCAUGAUUGAAAUCUUUUCUGUAGUGUAGACUGUUGUUGUUAAUGUUAUCACUCAGUGACAGUGGUUUAUAAUAACACUUGGCAGUCAGUGAACUUCAUUAUUGUUUUGAAGACAGCCAUCAUUAUGAUCAUCAACAUGACUUUGUUGAAAAGAUAACACAAUAUUCUUCUCUUCUUGUUUCAUAUGGACAUUUCCAGUAUCCUGGUCUGGAGAACUUUGGAUUUGCUCCACAGUUACUCGUGUUUGAUUGACACCAGUACCAGCACAGUGCAGUGAAGGAGAAGUUUAUCAACAACAGGAUUAUGAAUCACUUGAACGAAUAAAUAUAUAUAUAAGUGACUAAUUGUCCAGGCAUUUGACUUACUACAGUUGAUAGACUUGCUUCCUAAAGAGGAGUUUUAGCUGAAUUUGAAACAAUUUUAUACAACAAUGGAUGACAUUUUUUCACAAAUCCGUGAUGGGAAUGCAGUGUACGUCAGAGUUUGGUUGGACAAAGUUGAGAAUGAUCCAAACCAAGGAGAUGACCAUGGCUUCAGUGCCAUGCACUGGGCGUGCAAGGAGGGUCGUACCAACAUCGUUGAUAUGUUAAUCAGUCGAGGAGCAAAGAUUAAUGCUACUAACAUGGGUGAUGAUACAGCUCUUCACUUAGCCGCUGCACAUGGUCAUAGAGAUAUUGUCCUCAAGCUUAUUCAGCACAGAGCAGACAUCAAUGCAAUGAAUGAACAUGGAAACACACCUCUACACUAUGCAUGCUUUUGGAAUUAUGAACAAAUAUGUCAGGAUCUGAUCAAUAAUGGUGCCCUCGUCGCCCUGUCAAAUAAAGAUGAUGACACACCCCUGGACAAGACUAAGGAAGACAUGGGGAAUAUGUUAAAAGAGAAAGCAGCAGGCAUGGGCCAAGACAUGACAAAAAUACAAUACAGGAAUAACUGGAGUGGUACAAAGACGAGAAGUCGUGAUGGAACCCUAUCAAGGUUUGCUGGUAUCGAUCUGAAACAUGUCAAGCUACAAAGCAAGAUCAACAGUAGCCCUACAGGGGAUAUGUGGAAGGGUAUCUGGCAGGGGACUGCUGUCAUGGCUAAGGUACUCAAGGUCACCAACGUGACCUCUCGUAUCUCUCGAGAGUUUGGUGAAGAGUUCCCACGGCUACGCAUCUUCUCCCAUCCUAACAUCCAUCCUGUGCUUGGAUGUGUGAACCAACCCCCGAAUCUUGUCGUGCUGAGUGAGACGCUUCAGCAUGGGUCUCUCUUUCAUGUUCUGCAUGAAGCCUCCGGUAUUGUUGUUGAUCAUGGUCAGAUGGUGAGCUUUGCAUUGGACAUUGCGAGAGGUAUGUCCUUCCUACAUGCAAUGGAUCCUCUCAUCCCAAGAUACUAUCUCAACAGUAAGAAUAUCAUGAUUGAUGAGGAGCUGACAGCUAAGAUCAACAUGGGUGAUACCAGGUUCUCCUUUCAGAAUAGAGCUAAAUUCUUCAAUCCUGCUUGGAUGGCACCAGAAGCUUUGCAGAAAAGCCCUGAAGAGAUGAAUGCUCGCUCAGCAGACAUGUGGAGCUUUGCUAUCUUGAUCUGGGAGCUGGUGACCAGAGAAGUACCAUUUGCUGGCAUGUCCUCUAUGGAGGUCGGAAUGAAGAUUGUUGGAGAGGGUCUAAGGAUUGAUGUACCUCCAGGCUCCUCCCCUCACAUGAGCAAGCUGAUCAAGAUCUGUAUGAACGAGGACUCCACCAAGCGACCCAGGUUUGACAUGAUCAUGCCCAUCUUGGAGAGGAUGCGUUCUAACUAGGAUCCUACGGGAAAGCGAUCAUUGAGAAUAGGUGUCCAGGGGGGUGUUUCACAAAGAUCCUAAGUUGAACUUAUCUCUAAGUUAGACUUAACAUUUAUGGAAAGCC